GAACAGUUUAGAUUCCACCCAAGAUAUUGAGAGAGGUGGUCAUUGAAGCCAGAAGUAUUUAUACCUCUGAGCAGAACCUCACUAAGAUUGAGAUUAACAGUCUACAUGUAGGUAACUAGAUAUGAAGCUGGUUAUUUUACUCAUCAUGUCCCUUGUGUCUCUGACAUUAGGAGGACCACUGAAAGAAUCAGCUGUGCAGAACCCUUUGGCGGAGAUGCUUACCAACCGGAAUAACUGUAAAGAUGGAAAAACAUGUCCUACUUCAGCAACAUGCUGCAGCAGUCUCAAUGACGAGUCAAGAUGUUGUACAUACCCUAAUGCAGUGUGCUGCUCUGAUGGUCUUCACUGUUGUCCUUUAGGAUAUCAAUGUGAUAUCACCAGCAACACCUGCAUGAAAGGAGAUGAGGUGUUGGAUGCUGAUUUGACAAUAAUGGCGUCUAUUGUAAUUUGUCCAGAUGGCCAAUCAGAAUGUCCCGAUGGUAAUACAUGUUGCAAACUCUCUUCUGGACAGUAUGGUUGUUGUCCACUUCCUAAUGCAGUCUGUUGCAGUGAUGGUGAGCACUGUUGUCCUUCAGGAUACACUUGUGAUGUUUCAGCAGGUACCUGUUCACGAGGCAACUCAAUUGUCUCUUGGUACGAAAAAUCUUCUGCUACUCCAAUAAAUGUGGAAAGUGUAGUUUGUCCAGAUGGCCAAUCUGAAUGUCCUGAUGGUAAUACAUGUUGCAAACUCUCUUCAGGACAGUAUGGUUGUUGUCCACUUCCUAAUGCAGUCUGUUGUAGUGAUGGCCAGCACUGUUGUCCUUCAGGAUACACUUGUGAUGUUUCAGCAGGUACCUGUUCACGAGGCAACUCAAUCGUCUCUUGGUACGAAAAAUCUCCUGCUACUCCAGUAAAAGUAGAAAGUGUAGUUUGUCCAGAUGGCCGAUCGGAAUGUCCUGAUGGUAAUACAUGUUGCAAACUCUCUUCAGGACAGUAUGGUUGUUGUCCACUUCCUAAUGCAGUCUGUUGUAGUGAUGGUCAGCACUGUUGUCCUUCAGGAUACACUUGUGAUGUUUCAGCAGGUACCUGUUCACGAGGCAACUCAAUUGUCUCUUGGUACGAAAAAUCUUCUGCUACUCCAGUUAAAGUAGAAAGUGUAGUUUGUCCAGAUGGCCGAUCUGAAUGUCCUGAUGGUAAUACAUGUUGCAAACUCUCUUCAGGACAGUAUGGUUGUUGUCCGCUUCCUAAUGCAGUCUGUUGCAGUGAUGGUGAGCACUGUUGUCCGUCAGGAUACACUUGUGAUGUUUCAGCAGGUACCUGUUCACGAGGCAACUCAAUUGUCUCUUGGUACGAAAAAUCUUCUGCUACUCCAGUAAAAGUAGAAAGUGUAGUUUGUCCAGAUGGCCGAUCGGAAUGUCCUGAUGGUAAUACAUGUUGCAAACUCUCUUCUGGACAGUAUGGUUGUUGUCCACUUCCUAAUGCAGUCUGUUGUAGUGAUGGUCAGCACUGUUGUCCUUCAGGAUACACUUGUGAUGUUUCAGCAGGUACCUGUUCACGAGGCAACUCAAUCGUCUCUUGGUACGAAAAAUCUCCUGCUACCCCAGUAAAAAUAGAAAGUGUAGUUUGUCCAGAUGGCCAAUCGGAAUGUCCUGAUGGUAAUACAUGUUGUAAACUCUCUUCUGGACAGUAUGGUUGUUGUCCACUUCCUAAUGCAGUCUGUUGCAGUGAUGGUGAGCACUGUUGUCCUUCAGGAUACACUUGUGAUGUUUCAGCAGGUACCUGUUCACGAGGCAACUCAAUUGUCUCUUGGUACGAAAAAUCUUCUGCUACUCCAAUAAAUGUGGAAAGUGUAGUUUGUCCAGAUGGCCAAUCGGAAUGUCCUGAUGGUAAUACAUGUUGCAAACUCUCUUCAGGACAGUAUGGUUGUUGUCCACUUCCUAAUGCAGUCUGUUGCAGUGAUGGUGAGCACUGUUGUCCUUCAGGAUACACUUGUGAUGUUUCAGCAGGUACCUGUUCACGAGGCAACUCAAUUGUCUCUUGGUACGAAAAAUCUUCUGCUACUCCAAUAAAUGUGGAAAGUGUAGUUUGUCCAGAUGGCCAAUCGGAAUGUCCUGAUGGUAAUACAUGUUGCAAACUCUCUUCAGGACAGUAUGGUUGUUGUCCACUUCCUAAUGCAGUCUGUUGCAGUGAUGGCCAGCACUGUUGUCCUUCAGGAUACACUUGUGAUGUUUCAGCAGGUACCUGUUCACGAGGCAACUCAAUUGUCUCUUGGUACGAAAAAUCUUCUGCUACUCCAAUAAAUGUGGAAAGUGUAGUUUGUCCAGAUGGCCAAUCGGAAUGUCCUGAUGGUAAUACAUGUUGCAAACUCUCUUCUGGACAGUAUGGUUGUUGUCCACUUCCUAAUGCAGUCUGUUGUAGUGAUGGCCAGCACUGUUGUCCUUCAGGAUACACUUGUGAUGUUUCAGCAGGUACCUGUUCACGAGGCAACUCAAUUGUCUCUUGGUACGAAAAAUCUUCUGCUACUCCAAUAAAUGUGGAAAGUGUAGUUUGUCCAGAUGGCCAAUCGGAAUGUCCUGAUGGUAAUACAUGUUGCAAACUCUCUUCAGGACAGUAUGGUUGUUGUCCACUUCCUAAUGCAGUCUGUUGCAGUGAUGGUGAGCACUGUUGUCCUUCAGGAUACACUUGUGAUGUUUCAGCAGGUACCUGUUCACGAGGCAACUCAAUCGUCUCUUGGUACGAAAAAUCUCCUGCUACUCCAGUAAAAGUAGAAAGUGUAGUUUGUCCAGAUGGCCAAUCUGAAUGUCCUGAUGGUAAUACAUGUUGCAAACUCUCUUCAGGACAGUAUGGUUGUUGUCCACUUCCUAAUGCAGUCUGUUGUAGUGAUGGCCAGCACUGUUGUCCUUCAGGAUACACUUGUGAUGUUUCAGCAGGUACCUGUUCACGAGGCAACUCAAUUGUCUCUUGGUACGAAAAAUCUUCUGCUACUCCAAUAAAUGUGGAAAGUGUAGUUUGUCCAGAUGGCCAAUCGGAAUGUCCUGAUGGUAAUACAUGUUGCAAACUCUCUUCAGGACAGUAUGGUUGUUGUCCACUUCCUAAUGCAGUCUGUUGCAGUGAUGGUGAGCACUGUUGUCCUUCAGGAUACACUUGUGAUGUUUCAGCAGGUACCUGUUCACGAGGCAACUCAAUUGUCUCUUGGUAUGAAAAAUCUCCUGCUACUCCAGUAAAAGUAGAAAGUGUAGUUUGCCCAGAUGGCCAAUCUGAAUGUCCUGAUGGUAAUACAUGUUGCAAACUCUCUUCUGGACAGUAUGGUUGUUGUCCACUUCCUAAUGCAGUCUGUUGUAGUGAUGGUCAGCACUGUUGUCCUUCAGGAUACACUUGUGAUGUUUCAGCAGGUACCUGUUCACGAGGCAACUCAAUUGUCUCUUGGUACGAAAAAUCUUCUGCUACUCCAAUAAAUGUGGAAAGUGUUGUUUGUCCUGAUGGCCAAUCGGAAUGUCCUGAUGGUAAUACAUGUUGCAAACUCUCUUCUGGACAGUAUGGUUGUUGUCCACUUCCUAAUGCAGUCUGUUGUAGUGAUGGCCAGCACUGUUGUCCUUCAGGAUACACUUGUGAUGUUUCAGCAGGUACCUGUUCACGAGGCAACUCAAUCGUCUCUUGGUACGAAAAAUCUGCUGCUACUCCAGUAAAAGUAGAAAGUGUAGUUUGCCCAGAUGGCCAAUCUGAAUGUCCUGAUGGUAAUACAUGUUGCAAACUCUCUUCAGGACAGUAUGGUUGUUGUCCACUUCCUAAUGCAGUCUGUUGUAGUGAUGGUCAGCACUGUUGUCCUUCAGGAUACACUUGUGAUGUUUCAGCAGGUACCUGUUCACGAGGCAACUCAAUUGUCUCUUGGUACGAAAAAUCUUCUGCUACUCCAAUAAAUGUGGAAAGUGUUGUUUGUCCAGAUGGCCGAUCGGAAUGUCCUGAUGGUAAUACAUGUUGCAAACUCUCUUCAGGACAGUAUGGUUGUUGUCCACUUCCUAAUGCAGUCUGUUGUAGUGAUGGUCAGCACUGUUGUCCUUCAGGAUACACUUGUGAUGUUUCAGCAGGUACCUGUUCACGAGGCAACUCAAUUGUCUCUUGGUACGAAAAAUCUGCUGCUACUCCAGUAAAAGUAGAAAGUGUAGUUUGCCCAGAUGGCCAAUCUGAAUGUCCUGAUGGUAAUACAUGUUGCAAACUCUCUUCAGGACAGUAUGGUUGUUGUCCACUUCCUAAUGCAGUCUGUUGUAGUGAUGGUCAGCACUGUUGUCCUUCAGGAUACACUUGUGAUGUUUCAGCAGGUACCUGUUCACGAGGCAACUCAAUUGUCUCUUGGUACGAAAAAUCUUCUGCUACUCCAAUAAAUGUGGAAAGUGUUGUUUGUCCAGAUGGCCAAUCGGAAUGUCCUGAUGGUAAUACAUGUUGCAAACUCUCUUCAGGACAGUAUGGUUGUUGUCCACUUCCUAAUGCAGUCUGUUGUAGUGAUGGUCAGCACUGUUGUCCUUCAGGAUACACUUGUGAUGUUUCAGCAGGUACCUGUUCACGAGGCAACUCAAUUGUCUCUUGGUACGAAAAAUCUUCUGCUACUCCAAUAAAUGUGGAAAGUGUAGUUUGUCCAGAUGGCCAAUCGGAAUGUCCUGAUGGUAAUACAUGUUGCAAACUCUCUUCAGGACAGUAUGGUUGUUGUCCACUUCCUAAUGCAGUCUGUUGCAGUGAUGGUGAGCACUGUUGUCCUUCAGGAUACACUUGUGAUGUUUCAGCAGGUACCUGUUCACGAGGCAACUCAAUUGUCUCUUGGUACAAAAAAUCUUCUGCUACUCCAAUAAAUGUGGAAAGUGUAGUUUGUCCAGAUGGCCAAUCGGAAUGUCCUGAUGGUAAUACAUGUUGCAAACUCUCUUCUGGACAGUAUGGUUGUUGUCCACUUCCUAAUGCAGUCUGUUGUAGUGAUGGCCAGCACUGUUGUCCUUCAGGAUACACUUGUGAUGUUUCAGCAGGUACCUGUUCACGAGGCAACUCAAUUGUCUCUUGGUACGAAAAAUCUUCUGCUACUCCAAUAAAUGUGGAAAGUGUAGUUUGUCCAGAUGGCCAAUCGGAAUGUCCUGAUGGUAAUACAUGUUGCAAACUCUCUUCAGGACAGUAUGGUUGUUGUCCACUUCCUAAUGCAGUCUGUUGUAGUGAUGGUCAGCACUGUUGUCCUUCAGGAUACACUUGUGAUAUCUCAUCUGGCACAUGCUCAAGGGGUGACAACAUUGUGGAAUGGACUUCAAAGUUGAAUGCAAAUUCUACCAUAAAAAAACCUCAGACUGUUUUAUCCUCUUCAAGUGAUAUUAUUUGUCCAGAUGGAAAGACAUCAUGUCCUUCAUCAAACACUUGUUGUUCUCUUGGAGAUGCAGGAAAAUGGGGCUGCUGCCCUGUAUCUAAUGCUGUUUGCUGUGAGGACCAUAUCCACUGUUGCCCAUCGGGUUAUAGCUGCGGUACACACUCUUGCCAGAAGGGUUCAAAGCACCUCCCCUUUCUUACCAAGUCUACUGGUCUACUAAUCAUUGAGGAUCCACAUGUUAAAGAUGAUAAGCAUCUAUUGUUCCAGCCAGAUGAAGUGAUAUCCCAUGAGAAGUCUGGUGAUAAUAUAAUGUGUCCUGAUGAGAAGUCUUCUUGUCCUAGUGGAUCUACCUGCUGUCAGACACCAGGAAACAUAUAUGGAUGCUGUCCUUAUCAAGCGGCCAUUUGCUGUGCGGAUCUAAUACACUGCUGUCCAAGUGGCUACUCUUGUGAUAAUUCUAUUGGAACUUGCAUCAAAGCUGAUCAUAUCAUGCCAUGGGCUAACAAGCUUCCACCAUUCUAGUCCAUCAGACAUUAAGAUGGCACAUGAGAAUUAACUUUAUAAAUCUUUUUUUGAAAUAAGAUAUAAACUCCUUUUGAGCAUGGUAUGUUCAUUAUUUGGAAAGAGUCUUGUUUAUUUGAAGUACUAUAAGUACUUUCAUAUAGAUCUUUUUCUCCAUCCUAUGUCAGCCUUUUUAAAUGAUGAAUAUAGUUAAAUUUCAAGAAAGAAUUCAAGUUAGUUUGAUUAUAAUGCUUUUUAGUGCUUUCAUGGAAUUAAAUACACUUUAAAGUCAAAGAUUUUUUUUUUAUUUACUGUAGCUUUUCAGUUUGGCAGUUAUUUUGUUUGUAGCGGCUACAACAUAUAUUCAAGUUUCAUGGAUGCUUUUUCCAUUUCCGCUUAUUUUUGUACGACCUAUAAUUAUAAAACCAAUGAAAAUUUACAUAUAAAUAGAAAUAGGGAAACUGGGGAAAGUAGCCUAUAGUUCUUUACUGUUUGUCAACUGUGAUAAAUGAAUAUUCUCACAUGUAGAAUUUUUUUCCUUUUAAUAUGUGUGAUAAAUGAAGAUUAGUGAGAAAAUUGUUGGUAGUCUUUAAAUGAGAUAUGAUGUGAUGUAUUGUUUAUUGUAAUGAGAUUUACUUUCGUUAUCUUGUCUGUUUUUUAAAGAGGAAAUAAUAAAUCAAAAUGUAAUCGUGCAGAUUCAAAUCAGUGACCAGAGUACUUUAUAUGUUUUGUAUUUUUGUGUGUAUUCUCUGUAGCAAACAAUGAGCAAUUUAAGUAAUGAUUUUAUUUCCAUACAUGUAGAGCUGGAUUGUUUUCAAUAUGGUGAUCUUUACUUUAAAUCAUUGUUUCAUUUGGUGUAUUGCUUAUAAAUGAUGCUCAAUUUUGAGGUUUGUAUCUACUUGUUCUACUAGCAGAUGUUCUAAUUCUCAUAUUGACACCCAUCAUGGCUAAACCAACCUGAUCUACUAAUACUUUAGUCUAAUUACUGUUUGGUCCAAUCAUUACUUGGUUUAACAGCCAUUUAGUCUAAAGUCAAUAUUGUCUAUUAUCCACUUUGUUUACUCUAUAUAAUUUUUACCUUGUCUAAUGAAAAUUUGAAUCAAAUCUAAUUUAAUCAUACUGCCUAAGUGGUCUUGGAACAAGUGGAUAUUAGAAUGUGUAUCGUCUAAAUGGAAAUACAUGUAAAACAGAAUAGUGGUUAAAAGGGCUAAAUGGAAAAUUCUUAGUAAACAAACUGGUCUUGGACAAACCAGUAUUGGACCAUGAAGCAUGAGACUAGUAGACCAAGUGGGUGUAGACCAAAUGGCAAUAUCUUCUUUGAGUUCUUUCAAUUACCUAUUGAGAUGGAUGAUAUUCAUUUGAUACAUGUUAUCUAUGGUUAGAUUCCAUUUAUUAUUUCAUAAUUUGUUUUUCCUUCAAGUAUUCAUUUUGUAUUCUUUCUUUUAGACAGACAACCAUCCAUGUAUUAUGUGAUCUUUCUUCCAAAAUAUUGUGAAACUGUAACAAGAUUUCAUGUGAUUGUAGUAUAUUUGUUUGAAUUUGUCAAUGCAAAAUUGGUCAGCCUAGCCAUUCCAAUGUAUUGCUUUAGCAGUAAUCAUCUGUAUUUCUUUGCUCUUUUAUCAAAGAAGAGAAUAAACUUAUAUGAAUUUAUAGUAAUAAUAACUUGCACCAAGUAUUUCAUGCAUAUAUUAUCCAUAUCUCUUCAGUAACAUUGGAUUCUAAAUGUAUAUUUUUGUUGAUUGUCAAUAAUUCCCUCAUUUUUCUACCAUUUUGAAGUUGAUGGAAUUGGAGUGAUGUCAGCAAUAUCAUGUGACCUUUGAUUAUUCUUGUUGCAAAUACAAUAUUUCCAGUGUGAUUACUAUCAAUGACAAUCAUCAAUAGCCUGCAGUUUGUCAGUCUUUGAACUUCAAACAUGAAUCAAAGGCCAAACACAUGUUUUUUGCUUUCAAUUAUAUCGUUGCUUUUCAUAAGAAUUUAAGAAUGAAGGAUGUAUGAGUUAUAUAGAACUUUAUAUGUAAUUUCUUCUGUAUCCUUCUGUGUUUCCACAGUGUUAUUACCAUCUAAUGAUGAACUACAUAUUCCUAUUUGAGUUUUGCUCUUGUGCUUUAUAUAAUAUGCAGAAUUGGAAUUAAUAUACAUACAUGUAUUUCUUAUUGGAAUAACAUAUUCCCAUAAAUCAACCACCUCAAUUGAGAAUCAAUACUAACAAGUAACAACAUUGUAUGUAUGUCAUCUUUAUGUUUGAUGUUAUAAUGAUAUAUGUGUUUCCUGAUGAAAGGCUGCCAUUCCAUCGAUUGAGAGGCUAUCAAUAUCAGGCCAUUUUCAUUGUGUGUGCAAACUUGCAAUAAUACGAUUGAAUACAUCCUGUACUCUGGGAGCCAUUACAAUUUUAAUGAUGUAUUGAUAGACUCCCUAUUGAUAACAUUGAGAUAUGAGCCUAGAUAAUAUACUUGUGUUUCAUCAACUAAAAUGAUCUCUUGUUUUUUUAAGGUUUCAUGAAUCACCCUUUUAGUAAAGAGCUCACUUGUUAUGAAAUUUAUAUUAAUAAAGUACAGUCAAUAAGGCUGCCAGACUCUGUGA